UGCUUGUGUUGUGCUUGAUUAUCAAUGCCGCCAACUGUUUUCGUCGUAUAUGGUUGUCAUGGAUAAAUACGUAAUCAAAGCGAAGAGGAAGCAUGCAAGCGAAGAAAGUAACGGUGGAAGAAAGACUUUUAAAGAAGAGGAUACGAGUGAAAAGGAAGAUAAUAGUAAUUCUUCUCAAAAAUGGUUGAACCCCAUCAUAUCUGGGGGGAAAAUCGACGAAGUUGGCAUGGCCUCGAUUUACGAGGAUGUUGACUUGAGUUUUCCCGGCACAGAAUCGUCGUCUCUGAAUUGGCAGACCAUUCGGAGAGAUAAUUUAGAUCUGCAGUAUACUAUAUUGUUCAAAAAUAGUAUUGGGCGAUCCCUUAUUAAAAUAUUUGAAAAGGAAUUUGAGUACUUUUCAGGUAACUUAGCCAGAGUCAAGGUAUUUGGCAAGUGGUGUGACAUCCCCAGGAAACAGGUAACAUAUGGAGACCCAGGAUUGACAUACAAGUAUAGUGGCAUAAUAACCCCAGCAAAACCUUGGCCAAAAUCUCUGAAGGCGGUACGAGACCUUGUGAACAGGGUCACGGGAUAUGAUUAUAAUUUUGUGCUUGUCAACAGAUACAAAGAUGGCAGUGAUAAAAUGGGAGAGCACAAAGAUGAUGAGAAGGAUUUGGAUCACAACACACCAAUUGCUUCACUUAGCCUUGGCCAGUCUCGUGACUUUUACUUCCGUCACCAGGAUGCCAGGCCACCCAAAAGCAUGAAGAUAGAAAAAGUCAGUCUGCUUCUUGAACAUGGAAGUCUGCUGUUGAUGAAUCCACCAACAAAUAAUUUUUGGUAUCAUGCUCUGCCCCCUCGAAAGUCUGCAGGAGGACUCCGCAUUAAUCUCACGUUUCGAAAGAUUUUACGAAAAUGACAUGUUAAUGUGUAUGGAUAGCACAGUGUGUGUUCUUGAUUUGUCACAACUCAUAAAUCAUCCUUCACUCUUGUGUAAAGAUUCUCUUAUGAUAUUCUUAAGUACUUUGUCAGCUUGUUUGCUAAUAUACUGAAAUUAAUUGUAAUAAAGGAAAUAAAAGGA